CCCGAGCCGGCUGCUGUCCGCUGUCAGAGUCGGUGACGAAUAGAGUCAGCCAGAAGGUGAAGGCGGAAGAGAGGAGCGGUCCAGCUGAAUGUAAAUAUUUAUUAUGUCUUCCUUCCCAUACACCGCUUACACGGCGGGGCCAGCUGUCUGCGUGUCCAUGGCACGCUGUAAGUCAGUGUAUGGUGUUUAAUGAGGGGGCCCAGUCUGUGUCAUAGCAUAGCAUGUAAUGGGGGGGGUCUGCAGGCAGAUCCACUGCUGGUGUGGGAGCACAGCUCCUAGUAUUACUUAGCUGGCAAAGCAUCAUGGGCAUUGUAGUCCUCUAGCAGCUGGGGAGGUUGGCCAUUCCUGGUGUACAGAUUUACUAUCAAUAUGUGCAGCACCAAGUGUGACUGUGGGCACUGCACUGCAAUUAAAAGGGUUAGAUCUAAAGUGUAUGAUUUUAAUAUUUAAUGGUUUAUAUUGUAAGCAUCACUUUUAUUUUCAUUGUUAUUCUUUUAGGUAUCUAUUUUGUGGAUUAGUGUAGUGUAUUCAUUUUGUGUUUCCACAUUUGUAGAGUAGGGCUUUUUGAAACAUGAUAAAUAAUUUAAUAUAUGGUAUUAUUUUGUGGACUUAAAGUUAAUUCUACUUAAAUCCCAAAAUGGAAUAUCCCUCUUUUCGGCAUGUGCCAUAACCCAUCCCCACUUCCUUUAAUAAACACAGACACCAGUUUUGUUUCUGUUGGAAAUAUAUAGUCCACAGCUUUAUUAAAGUAUCAUCAAUAACUUGAACAAAAUUUUUGCCAAAACAAUAAAGAUAUUUUAAUCCAAUCUCCCUCUGUACAUAAAUACCCCUGGCAAUGACCCCAUACCAAUAUAACAGAAUAAAUAACAUAUAAAUUAAAACACGGCCUACCAAAGAGGCCCAUAUCCAAGACACCCCUACACCCCCAGAUUUGGAGCCACCGAUGAGCUCGAACCUGUCAGCCAAUUGAACCCCUCCUGCCUAAUCUAGCCUAAACCUUGUCAUGACCACAUCAUACUCUACCUACUUCCCAUUUAUCCUAGCCCUUUCCCGCCGCUGUGACCAAACGGGGAACAACCACUAAACCACAGGGAGGGUGGGAGGGACAGGUAAGUGCAAGUUGAAAAUUAAGAUGGCCAUGCUAUAAUCACCUAGUCCGCACCUCAUAACCACAUGUCUAAAAUCCUGCCCCCAAUUAUGAUAACACUGCAUGCCUACUCUCUGGCCUUAUCAAGGCCCAUUCCCCUAACUGCGUUGCUACAUGGGCUACAUUUUAGGCCAAAGUGGUGUUUUUUUCCAACUUGGUUAUUUGGGGACAAACUGUUAAGAUUGGUUGUGUGAUUUAUUUCUUAUAAAUUGCUAAAGUAUUAUAAGAUACUAUGCACUGGGUUGUAAACACACUGUUUAGCAAAUUUUCCUCUUCUCCUUUACAUUGUAAGAUCUACAAACAUGACUGCCCACUGUCUGUAUCUGUCUGCUGGAAUUAAUAUCUCAUAAAUAUCUCAUGAAAUAAUUUACAUAGUUUCCACUUCACUUAAAUAGGAAUGAACAUUUAAUUCAGCAGCAUAGAUUAGGGUUUAUUAUAUGAAUUAAGUAAUAUCAUAGAUCAUUCAUGUUGAUUUUGAAAACAAAAUUCUUAAACUAUUAAAAAUCUAAAUCCAGUUUAACUCUUUAAAGAUCAGGGCUGUUUUGCAUAUUGAAAACCAGAACACUUUUUAAAAUAUAUUUUUGCCAUGUAUUUUUUAGUAAACUUAAUUGAAUAAUCAUCCAAAUGAUUUCCUACUAACUACCCAUUACAACUACCAAAACCAAGCCCAAAAUAUUAAUAAUAUAAAUUUACACCCUGAGAUUGAAGUAAAUCCAUCAAAACAGAGACCAUAACUUUUAUACUGAUCUCAACAUAAAACAGGUGAUAAAGGGGGUGAUAUUUUUUUGUAUUACAUUUUUUUUUUUUACUAUAAAAUAUUUGGUACUGUUUCAAGAAACUUUCAUUAGUGUUACACAGUUUUUUUUCUUCUUAUAUAAAUCAUCCUUUAGACUACAGUUCUUACUGUAGGUGAGUGUAUAUUUCUAGGUAACCUGUGCAAUGUGAAUUACAAAGUUUGACAUUUAGGUGUAGAUGAACUGUGGCUAGAGGUUGUAUAAUGGUAUAUGUGCUUGCUAUUUUGUUUAGUUCAUAAUUGGUAAAUGUUUUUUUCCUCAAGCUCAGGAUGGAGGAACCAGAUAGAGAAGCAGUGGCAACUGCAGUGCAACGCGUUGCUGGAAUGCUGCAGAGACCAGACCAGUUGGAUAAAGUGGAGCAGUACCGCAGGAGGGAGGCACGAAAAAAAGCAUCGGUGGAGGCCAGAUUGAAGGCAAGGCAGUAAAACAGACAGAACAUAUCUGCCUUAACCUGCUACACCUAGGGUUAUUCACUGAACCACAUAUUGUUUAUAUUUGACAAGAGAAUUGCAGAAUUUAAGGCAAAAUAGCCAUGGUGGAGAACUUACUUUUGGCUAUUUUCGCCCAAACAGUUAUUCCCCGAGAAUUCCCAUUUUUAGUAUUGAAACCUGACAAUGACUUGUAAUGUCUGAAUACUUUUGUAUGUUAGUGCAUGCUUGUUAUAAUCCACAGGUUAUGUUGUCUUCAUGUAGACUUUUUAUGUUUAGUUACGGUGAGAGUAUAAAGAUUUUUAGAGAUUUUGUUUAUCCUUUUUAUUAAUUCGAAUAUAAAAACAUACAAUCACCAAAUGAAGCCAUAUAACUUUGCAAUAAGAGAAAAUAUGAUUCCAAAAAAUGUGUUCUAGGUUCACAGACAGAAGCAACAUGUGACUUGGGUCACAUAUGUACAAAGGGUGACAGCAUAAGGCUGACCUACAGGAAACUGGUCAAUUAGGAAGGGGGGGUUUCCGAGUCAUUUUGAGGAGGUUUUUGUUUUUUCCCUUUCUCCCUCCCUCAGUAAAUGUUAAGUCUAUGUUGCUUGAAUGCAGAGAGCUAAGAAUGUAAACUCUCUUAAUUUUUUAGCACAUUUACAUCUAAAAUGUCAGCGUACAUUCCAGUUGCAGAGCAACCAUGAAGUUACAGACAGGCCAUGUCUCCUAAAUAGAUUGAGAUUUGUGAAGUUCCAGAGAUUACAAAGACAUGUGUUGUACAGUGUAUUUGAGCAAGUGUUUGGUGUAAAAAUGUAUGGUGUUAAGUGAAGGUCACAGCUGCAUGGCAUACAAUUUGUGCCCUUAUACUGUAAUACGGGAUGACUGGUAGCUUUUGCAGAAAUUAUUAUUUUAACUGUAACAACUACGAACCUGAGCUUUUUUUAAGUUUCAUGUUCAGACCAAUUAGAGGGCGACAAGUUCAGUAACUUUGCAUUGUUUGGGCCAAGUGAUUCUAUCUUUCUUAUAGGUUAAUAGAUCAAGACUAUAUUUAAAGAAUCACUAUAGGGUCAGGAACACAAACAUGCAUUCCUAGGCCCUAUAGUGCUAAAACCACCAUUUAGGUGGCUUGCUCCUCCCUAUAAAAGCUUAAAACUUGCCUUAUUUCCAGCGCCGCUCAGGUCUGCCUGAUCUGAAAAUGCCUGAAGGGAUCUAUUAUACUCACCAGUACAACUACAUUAAGCUGUGGUUGUUCUGGUUAUUAUAGUGUCCCUUUAAUAAUAAUGAAUGGGACAUCUGUAUAAUACCUGUGUUUAGGGGAACAGCGUAAAGCCAUUUUAGUAAGUGGUCAAAAGGCAAAACCCUUUUAAAAAAAAUUUGUUAUAACUUUACUAAAUAAGUAUUUUACUGGCUGCACUGUUUUGCUUCUAGGCGGCUAUCCAGUCUCAGCUUGAUGGUGUGAGGACAGGCUUAAACCAACUUCACAAUGCACUGAAUGAUGUAAAGGACAUACAGCAAUCUCUCGCAGAUGUCAGCAAAGAUUGGAGACAGAGCAUUAAUACCAUUGAGAGCCUGAAGGAUGUCAAGGAUGCAGUUGUUCAGCACAGUCAAUUAGCUGCAGCUGUGGAGAACCUGAAGAACAUUUUCUCAGGUAAUUUGGCUGUGAGAUCGUUAUGACCAUUCCUGUUCAUAAUUUUCAAGAAAUUAUAUACUUCCCCUCAGACAAGUAAAAUUGCUUUGUUAAAGAUGACUGCCAGUACUCAUUACAUGUAAACCGACUGCAAUAUUUUAUAUUUAUUAAGCUUUUAAGGACUAAGGCUUUUUUGUGAUGGAACACGUUUGUGUCCAAGGGAUUUUUGGCACUUUUGCUCUGCGUUCCUUCUACCAUAAUUUCCCCCUACCCAAGUGAACCCAUACAUUUUAUAUUUCUUUUUUUUUUUUUAUAAAGGAGAAAUAUGACUGAUACCCUAUAUGUCUAAAUAACACAAUAUUAAAUGGAAAAAUAUGUGUAAAAAAUACAAAACAUAUUUUUUGUUUGUUUUACAUUUGGUAAUUUCUACACUACAAAUGCAAAUAAAGAAAAUUAACUCAAGCCAGAUUCACUAGUUAAUACAAUUUUUUGGGGGGAGGGGAUGGGGUUCACAGACCACGCACUUCCCACUGCUGCAAACACCCCAUAUUUAUAUUCUACUGUUCUCAGGUACAAUGAUACCACGCAUGUAUUCCUUUAUCCCUAAUCCUACGCCUAAAUUCUUCCCUAAUUUAACCAAUUUUCCUACCCCUAGUCCAACCUUUAAUUCAAACUCUAAUCCAACCCUAAUCCUGCGCAUAAAACAACCCCUAAUCCUAUUCACAAUCCUACCUAUAAUUCCAGUCCUAAACCCACCUCUCAAGGGACUUCCUAGUACUGACAUCACCAGAAGGUUUUCAUGGCUCAAAAAGUACAGGGCUCUGAAAUACCGCGACUGAGCAGGUUUUUCAUUUUGUUUGAUGAUCUCAGCCUAUCCAAUGUUUUCCCAUAGGAGAGCAUUGGGAGGCUAUCAUGCAUGCACGCAAAACACUGUGCAAUGCUAAUAGGCAUCUCCUCAUAGAGAUGCAUUGAAUCAAUGCAUCUUUAUGCGCAACGUGCAGCACCUCCAGACAGGGCGUGGAGAUGCUGUAUGUCAAUGCUGCAAACUGAGUGUUACUAGGCAGUAAUGCAAAUCCUGCCUUUUCUAUGAAAAGGCAGUGUUUACAUUAAAAAGCAUGCAGGGACAGACUAUAGACACCAGAACAAAUACAUUAAGCUGUAGUUGUUAAAGUGACUAUAGUGCCCCUUUAAGCCAAAGUUGUUUUGGUGACUAUAGUGUCCUUUUAAUUUUUUCUAAUGUUGGGAUUUCUGUUGCUUUUCAUCGUAAUGUACCAGAGUGUUUCUGUGCGAUUCAUUAGUGUCAUUCUGUGUAUGGCUGUGAUGAAUAGUAUAUUUAGUUUCUUUGUCUUCCUUUUUAAUUUCCCACAGUGCCAGAAAUCGUAAAGGAGACACAAGAUCUGAUAGAGCAAGGGAAUCUUCUGCAUGCGCACAGAAAGCUCAUGGACCUGGAGUGUUCUCGUGAUGAUCUAAUGUAUGAACAAUUCCGUACGGACAGCAAGAACACUCAUGAAAGGAAUCUAAUUCAGAACUAUUUUGGGGAAGUGCAGCACUUAUCAGAGGAGUUGGCCAAACAGCUAUGGAUGGUCAUUCAGAGAGCAAUAACCACUGUGCGCAAAGAUCCCACCUUGUUGGUAUCAGUGGUACGCAUCAUAGAGAGAGAGGAAAAGAUUGACCGUCGGAUGAUGGACAGGAAAAAGCAGACCACCUUCAUUCCACCUGGAAGACCCAAGAAGUGGAAAGAGAAAAUGUUUGAUGUUCUUGAGAAAACCAUUGUGACCAGAAUUGAAGGAAGUCAAGCAGACACAAGGGAAUCUGACAAGAUGUGGCUCGUGCGACAUUUGGAAAUUACCCGCCGAUACAUGCUUGAGGAUCUCAUAAUAGUAAAAAACUUAAUGGUGCAAUGCUAUCCCCCACAUUACAACAUUUUCAACCAGGUAUUAGAUUCGUAUCACCAAGCAUUGUCUUCUCGAAUUCAGGAGUUGGCUUCAGAAGAGCUGGAAGCCAAUGAAAUUGUCAGUCUCCUCACUUGGGUUUUAAACACGUAUCAAAGGCAAGUAGAAACUAUAAAUUAUAUAUAAAUGAAAUAUGUGAUCAUCAUGCAUUAUUAAUACUAAUACAUGCAUUGGUUUCCCUGAAUGAGGUAACCUUGAUAAUACAGCUAAUUGUAAAGAGGAAGGAGAUUAGAAACAAUCCCUUUCUUUAUAUAAUUAUGUUAUUGCAAUAUAUAGCCGUGUAUCGGGUGUAAAUAGGAAAACAUUUAAAGAGAUACUAUAGGCACCAAAAUAACACUAAAAUAACCAAACUAAGUUUGGUGUAUAGAUUUUGCCCCUGCAGUCUCUCUGCUUAAUUCUCUGCCAUUUAGACGUUUAAUUACUUUGUUUAUGCAGCCCUAGCUACGCUUACCCUGCAUGUGACUUGCAAAGCCUUUCUAAACACUUCCUUUAAAGAGAGAUCUGAUGUUUAAACUUCCUUUAUUAAACAGUCAAUUGAAAUUAGAAUUUCUUAUCUCCUGCUCUGUUAAUAGCUUGCAGGAGUCUUGUGUGUGGUAAAGUUCAAUUUAAAGAGCUGUAGAUAAAGCCAUCUAAAAUAAGAUCUGAUUGAAAAUGGAACAUUUUUUCAUGUUGGCUGUGUGAAUCACAUCCUAUGGAGGAGUGGCUUGGGCUAUAUAGACAGAAAGGGCAGAUCAUUUAGCAGUAAGGCUGCAGGUACAUGAUCUAUACUCCCAAACCGCUCAAUUAAGCAAAAGUUGUCUUGGUGCCUAUAAUUGCAACAAGAGGCAUAACAUAUGAAAUAAGCUAAUAAGCUUUUUUUAUAUAUGUUUUGCCCAAUUAUAAGAUGGCAACUGAAAAGUUAAAUGUUUGAAUAUUUUGACGCAUCAUAUAAUCAUUACUUAUAAAACUCCCAUUUGUGUAGGAAUCAUAGUCUUUCCCAAGUUGCUUAAAGUAGUUAGUAACCCUGUGUUAUUUUUGUUUUUCUAGUCCGUAUUAAUAUGUUCUAUAUAUAGAUACCAUAAUUUAUUGAUUAGAGAGUUGAGGACUUGUAGUUAGUUUUUAUCGUUAUUGUCAUUAUUUUGUAUUAAAUUGAUAUUUUGUUUGUGUCCUAAAAACUGUAACUGGUAUAGGUAAAUGCUAGGCUUGAUUCUCUGUUCCUUGCAGCUCUGACAUGAUGGGAAACAUUGACCUAGUCCCCGAGGUGGAUGUGAAGUCAGUGAGGCCACUUCUUUCCCAGGAGGUAGUGGACCAGCUGCUCCACAUGUACAUGGCGACUCUCAGAGUAAGCUAUUUUGAUUAUAUAUACAUACACACAUACACCUAUUUUAUUAAAUUCUGGAACAGUUUGUGAGCAAAUAUUUCAUGGAACAAUUGAUUUAAAAAGUUAAGUUGAAACAUAGUAAUUUAUUUCAAGAGGAUAAAGUCACUACUAAACAUUAGCAGCUCCUGGAUUUCUUUUUUUUUUUUUUUUUUUUUUUCACUUUUCCAGCACCAUGACGAUGUUGAUUUCUUGAGCAUAUUCGUUCAUUAUUUAAUUAUAUCUACAGAUAAUAAAACAAGGGACAGAAACGUUGACAGUGCUUAGGGAUCUAAUAUAUCCUGUACCAACACUGUCCGUUCCUCUCAAUGUUAUUUGAAAACAUGCCACAUGACCAUCUACAUGAUCUGUCAUCUUAGCUUAAUAAAUUUAAGUGUGUCCGACUUCCACGCCUCCAACAUCCAUUCCGUAUGUUCUCUGGUUGUAGGCGUUUCACUUUGGCCUUUUAAUAGUGGUUUCUGUGCAGCUGUUGUUCCAGUGAUCCAGGUUCAUGUAAUGAAUUCUGUAGUGGUUCCCAAAAACAUGUGAUUUUAGUAGCAUAUAACAUGUUUGUCCUCCAUGAAUACCUAUUCCUUAACAGUGAACAUCUAAUUGAUACACUCUAUAAGUAUGGCAGUGUCCUAGUAUUGUUUUACACGCAUUUUGCAUUUUUUUCUGCUUGUACCAAAUGUCGAAAUACGUUUGGUUUGGAUGACCAUUUCACAAAACAUGUCAUAUAUUGAAAUAGUAAAUGUUUUCAUGUGCUACCAUUAUAAGACAGGUUUAAGCACUGUUACUUUUAGACUUUUGUUAUGGAUAUAUACUAAACACAUGCAGAUAACUUUAUUUUGACAUAGUGACAAGCUAUGCAUUUAAUAAUCCUAAAACAAAGUGUGAAUAAAUCAUCUUUCUUAAAGGACCACUCUAGGCACCCAGACCACUUCAGUUUAAUGAAGUGGUCUGGGUGCCAGGUCCAGCUAGGAUUAACCCAUUUUUUCAUAAACAUAGCAGUUUCAGAGAAACUGCUAUGUUUAUGAAUGGGUUAAGCCUUCCCCUAUUUCCUCUAGUGGCUGUCUCAUUGACAGCCACUAGAGGCGCUUGCGUGCUUCUCACUGUGAUUUUCACAGUGAGAGCACGCCAGCGUCCAUAGGAAAGCAAUAUGAAUGCUUUCCUAUGUGACCGGCUGAAUGCGCGCGCAGCUCUUGCCGCGCGUGCGCAUUCAGCCGACGGGGAGGAGAAGAGGAGGAUCGGAGGAGGAGAGCUUCCCACCCAGCGCUGGAAAAAGGUAAGUUUAAACCCCCUUCCUGGCACUAUAGUGGUCCUUUAAUUUUAAAUUAGUGUUUAAAUUAAUCUUUGAAAGAGCUAUAUCCCUUUCAAAUGCCUUUGUGUAUUUUGCAAUGUGUUCAUAAAAAAAGUCUGUUUCUUAGGCAUGUAUGCAGAUUUUGGAAAUAUUCUAGUGAAUUUUCAAAAUAAAUGUAUCCUCAUAUACUCAUAAUUGUAUGGAUGUCCUGCACCUGACAGCAUAUGUUGAUUGGCAGGUGAGAAGCAGGGAACCCUCCUGCAGGUAGUUCUGCUGCUUUCUUUCACAGCACAUUGUAGUUUCUGUGAUUACCUGGUAUGGAUAGUACGAUAAUAAUCAUGUGCAUUAAUGUGCAGAGGAUUAUAGUAAAAGAGUGACAUACACAGCUCUGUACACAUGCCAAUGUGGCUGACAAAAAUCCCAAAGUGUCAGCAUUAUGGUGGUGAUUCACCAGUUUUGGGGGAAGCACUGUUAUGCUUCCAAUGUGAGGACAAUUGGGUAGGAGGUGGGCGGGAUUUGGAGAUGUGCUUAAAGCUUGCAGUUAAUUCAUUUUGCAUUGUUUUUGUACAUAAAACUUUUUGAGAACCAAAAUUAAUGAGCCUGCCAUCCAAGAUGCCUGUCUAUAUUGUGGGGAUAUUUAUGGGAUAAUAAUAGUAACAGUGAGAAUUGCCCACUAAUUCAAUUCUCAGAUCCCAAAGAACGUUUAUCGUGUUAAGUGGAAUGUAUUUCAUAUAAUAAUAUCACAAUGUAUAAAAAUAGAUUUUUAUUUAUAAUGACAAAUUAAUAAUAAUAAUAUUAUAUGUAACAUGCAUAACAAUAAUCAAUGAAUAUUCAGUACAAAAUUAUAUGCAAUACAAAGAAAUGGGUAUUACGUUUCAAUGGCUAAAUAGCAUUUCCUGUCAAGAAUUCUGACGAUUUAUGACUAGCUUCCACAGACUGAAAGUGAAACUUUUCACACAGAGAACAGAAUUCCUCAGAGUGCAGCGUAAGGUCGUAAAGUUUAGCAGACAGUUAGAAUAACCCUUUCAAUGCUGGCUAGAUCUCCUAGGUAGUUAAGAUCUAUUCUUAUGUAAUUUUUAAAUAAAAUAACAUUUAAACCAGUUCAUUAGCCAUUUCCUGAAAACAAUCCAAUAAGAGAAUCUACAUAUUAUAUAAGCAGAUUUUUAAUUUGUCUAAAAGAUAUCUAUCUUAAUUUAGAGCAAAUCAAUACACCUGGAUAAAAACAGCGGUAUGCUAACACGUGAUAAUAUCACAUCAAUAUAUAAUUAUUCUUAAUUCCACCUGCAGAAUGGAAUGUUUAUAACUAUAUAUUCUUAGUUAACUAAGAUUUCUUAAUAUGGAAAUCUGACCGUGCUUUAUCCAGUCAUAUAUAAUGCUAUUAAUACAUUUUAAUUAAUUUAAUUUAAUUAAAUGAAACCAGUAUAAUUACCAGUUGAGUAGAUAUUUCAUCCGAUUGGUAGUCUCUCUGCAUGGAGGUGUUGGUUAGAAAGUCAGUAAAUUCUAAGUGUUAGAGUUUUAGGAGUAGAGUGUUAGCCUCAGAUGUUGUCCGAGUUGGAGUCCCCAAACUUCCAAUUCCUCUCUCCUCUCCUUUGCAUCUCUUGCAUCUGCCUCCUCUCUCGUAUAUCUCUAUCUUCCCUUUGUCUUAACUUUUAAAGGGCCAGACUCUCUGUACGUCAUCAGUUGAUAACCCAAUAGAAGCACUAGAGGUGUGGUUAUCUUCCAGAUCGCAAAUUAGUUAUUUGGUCUGUAGAGGGCAGUCUUGUCCCACUAAACAUACCUAUCCAGGAAAGAGUUAACUUUUCCUGGUGGCUAUUUUGACGUCAUUUUGGCCUAUCUAGAUAGUGGCUAUAACUUACGUAUCCUUCAAAGAUCAAAGGGGUUCUUAAAUUUUGUCCAGACUAUGUGUCUGCAAAUCUGCUAUAAUUUCUGAUAUGACAGAUCAUGAACUAAGUUUACCCUUUUCCAUACAAUGGUACCUUAUAUGUAUAGACAGUUAAAUAUUAAAUUAUUUAAUCUUCUCUGUCACAAUUGUCUGGGUUUAGAUUUGAUUAUAUUCUUCUUAUCACUUGUUUAUACUAUGCUAUACAUUCCUUAGCUCUGGCAAAGAGGCCAGUCUUACAGAAAGAAAUCUAGUGUCUUCUUUGUUAACUUGAAAUAACAAAAUGGAGUCUGGUCUGUUCAGAGUGACUCAGAAUAUACACUUUUAGUUUCUAUCAUAGCACAAAAUGUCUGCCGAUAUAAAUACUCUGACAAUAUUUAGUUAUUUACCAUCUCCAGAUUCUUUGCACUAAUACAUUUAUGUAAAUCUGUUUCAUGUUGAUGUGUUGCUAUACUGAUUAUCCACAGUGUGUGAUAUAUAUUUUAUUUGCUAUUUAUUUUUAUUUGAUUUCUGCAAUGUUUAGUCCAAUAUUAUCGGAUGGUUAAGGAAGGCGCUGGAAACAGACAAAAAGGACUGGGACAGGAAUACGGAGCCUGAAGCUGACCAGGAUGGGUAUUAUCAGACUACACUGCCAGCUAUUGUUUUCCAGGUAUCAUUCUUUUCGUUACUGGUUUUAUUUCUAUAGCACCGGCAUAUUCAGCACUGCAUCAGAUUGGGCUAUAUGUUAACCUUCUAAAGACCAAAUGUUAUACUUCGCCAUUGUGUGUUUUCAAAAAUCACAAAAAAACUGUUUGGCCUUAUUAUCGAGUUCUGAUAGCUGCAGUUAAAUUAGUGGAACUGCUAACAUUGGAAUAGGAUUCUUAAAUUAGAGAAUAUGACAGCAUAGACUAUCACUAGUCCUUAACGAGUUACUCCAAUACAGUUUAACCAUUUUUUAAAUUGUAUUUAUAUUGCCCUUAUGGGCAGUAACUUGUCCCCCCUUAGUUUUAAUGAAAACCCUAUAAAAUAAGUAUAAACCAGUGCCUGGCGAAGUUCUGCUCGAUACUUUACAUGCCACGUCCUUUGUCACACUGCAUCACUGCUUUCCUCUCCAAUGUCCAGUCACACGUUUCUUCUAGCAUUUGAUUAAACUGAUCAUCAGUUCAAGUAAGGGAAGGUUGGACAGAGGUGGGGAAUUAAAAAUAAAUAAAUAAAAUAGAAUGUCGAGAUGCUGGGGGAGAUGGGAAAUACAAGCUUCUCCUUCCAGCUGAUUAUGUCAGUGUAUGCUGAAAGCAGACGUAAUAUAUACAGAAUUAACAUUAGGCUGUCUGCAACAGAAUUCAGGGCUGCCUAAGUCACGUGUGUCGGGCUUGGGAAAAAAAGUGGUGAAAAUAGAGCUACCGUAGCAAAAACAAAAAACAACUUUUAUUUCCUCCAUACACUUGCCUUGAGUUCAGAAUAUUUUGCUGGCAGACUCACUCCUGACACUGCUCUUUACUGGAGCCUCUUUUAUUUGAUGCUUUAAAAUAAAAUGAGAAUUGGCACUGGAAUAGACCCAUUAAGGUUCUACCCAAACCACCUAGCUACCUACUUGCUACAAGGGCAGAUUGAUCUAGAAACAAUGUUGUAUCUCUGGAAAAUAUAUUUAUUCUGGAAAGAUAUUUAGCAAUUUGUAGGUACUGGUAUGUCAUAUCUUUCAGUGUAAGGGAUUCCCUUGGGUAUGGAUUUUGGCACUUCAUGAACAUUUGAAACUUCCUGUGCUGGAAUAAUUUGGUUCCAUUUUUCAUUUUCCAAGUACUGCGUAAAUUUUGGAAUUCUGUAUACGUAGUAAAUAUUUCAUUUCUCAGUUAGGGAAUGUAGAGAAGUUGUUAGUGUUAUUUUUAUAUAUACAUACAAAUUCACAGUUAAAAUAACAUUAUUGGGAAAUCCCAACAGCCAGGAAAUUUCCUUUAUUUUGGACACUAUAGCAGGCUUAUUACCCAUGCAAUUAUGUGCAUCGUGAGACCUAUAGAGAGGCAAACAAAUAUACUGCCAUCUAUGCUCCUAAUACGAUAAUAAUUUAUACUCCAGCACAGGUAAUGGUACCAGGUGCACCCCUUUCCCUGUCCCUCUGCAUUCUGUUACUUGUAGCUGUAUUUACUUGCUAAGCAGAGAUUUAUGAAAUUUACUUGGAUAACAGUAAAGUGUAGGGAUGAAGAAAAAUUACAAUUUACUGGAGAAGCUUUGGAUUUACAAGUAAGUACCUUUUUUUUAACAUUUUAUUUUAAGGGUUGACCUAUAACUAAAUAUGCAAAAUGGGCAAUUUAAAAUUUGUAUUCUAUGGCAAAUUCAUUAAAAAAAAUGAAGAAGUGCUUUGAUUUCAGUGAUCAUGCACAUUUAGUAUAUGAAAGCCAAAUGUGUAUUAUUUUUAAGUAAAUACACUAGCAAAACAUUUUCUUCUUUAAUAUUUCAGAUGUUUGAGCAGAAUCUUCAGGUAGCUGCACAGAUUAGUGAAGAUUUGAAAAAGAAAGUUUUGCAAUUGUGCCUCCAACAAAUGAAUACAUUUCUGAAUAGGUAUGUUCUAAUAGUAAUUUUAGGCCUUGCCUUUGUAUAAUUGAAGAUCUUACGCAAGAAAUUCAGUGGUGAUGUUAAAAUUUACCCAUUGCGUGUUCUACUUCUGUUUAUAACGCUUGUAGAGGUGUCUCGUGUUCUGUAUUGCUUUAUAUAUAAUUAUUAUAAGCACCUUUUCAGCUGCAUGUGUUUGAUACACUGUUUGUCUUUUUUUUUCUUUUUCUUUUUUUUUUUUUGCGAUGGGCUCUUUGUGCUGCUAGGUAUUCAGAGGAAGCCCAGCUAUAUAAGGAGGAACAUCUGAAGAAUCGGCAGCUUCCUGCUUGCUAUGUGCAAUACAUGAUUGCCAUCAUUAACAACUGUCAGACCUUCAAGUAAGAUCACAAAAGUUAUGCCUAUUAUUUACUAAUAGUGUUUUUCACUUUGUAAAUAUCAUCUUUGUUAUUUUCUGUUUGAAAAGAAAACUCCAAACCGAUAUGAUAGACUACAGUUAGGUCUGGAAAUAUUUGGACACUGACACAAUUUUCAUAAUUUUAGAUCUAUAUGCCACCAGAAUGGAUUUGAAAUGAAACAACAGAGAUGCAAUUGAAGUGCAGACUUUCAGCUUUCAUUUAAGGGGUUGAACAAAAUAUUGUAUGAACUUUUAGGGAUUGCAACUAUUUUCAUACACAUCCCCUUAUUUCAGGGGCUCAGAUGUAAUUGGACAAAUGAAUACAAUCAUAAAUAUAAUGUUAUUUUUUAAUACUUUGUCGAGGAUCCUUUGCAGGUAAUGACUUCUUGAAGUCUGGAAUGCAUGGACAUCACCAAAAGCCUUUACUGCACCUGUCUUCAGCAAGUGAAAUGCAUGCUCUAUAUGGUUGAGAUCAGGUGACUCUGCCAUUGCAGAAUAUUCCACUUCUUUGCCUUAAAAAAACCCCAAACUACUGGGUUGCUUUCGCAGUAUGUUUUUGGUCAUUGUCCAUCUGUAAAGUGAAGCGCCGUCCAAUCAACUUUACUGAAUUUGUCUGAGUAGACAAUAUACCUCUAUACACUUCAGAACUCAUCCUGCUAUUCUGUCUUCUGUCACAUCAUUAACCCCUUAAGGAUGGCAGGCGUGCCAACGCCGGGGGGGGGCGGCACAGCACGUCCCGGCCAUCUUUUGUACUUACCCGGUCGCCAGCGAUCGCGGUGGGGGGACUCACCUGGCAUCCGAGGAAGUCUCUCUCCUUCUGUUCCGGCCUUGCGAGGACCUCACAAUCACAUGGAUGGCAUAGCCGUCCACCGCAAUGCCAGCAGGGGGAGUGCCUGUAAUGACAGGUACUCCCCCUGCUGCCUGAAAAAAAAAAUUAAAGUUUAAAACCGUUUAAAAUCAAAAUGAUAUAUACUUAGAUAACAUAUAUACUUAUUAUAUAUAUGAUCUAAGUAUGUAUGUGUGUAUAUAUAUAUAUAUAUAUAUAUAUAUAUAUAUAUAUAUAUAAAAAUACACAUACACUGUCUAAGUGUAUAUUAAUAUAUAUAUAUAUAAUCAUAUAUAUUAAUAUCAAAAUACACGUAGAAUAUUGAUUAAAUAUAUAUAAUUAUCAUUAGUUAUAUAAUAUAAAAUAAGUAAAUAUUUAAAUACGCAUAAAAAUAAUAAAAUAUAUAUAUAUAUAUACAGUAUGUGUAAAUUUGUUCUAACUGUAUUUUACAAGUAAGAUAUAUUGAUAUUAAAAUACAUGUAGAACGAAAUAAUAUAUAUAUACAUAUAUAUACAAAAGUAUAUACGUAUAUAUGACUAUAUAUAAUAAUUAUACGUAUAUAUAUAUAUAUAUAUAUAUAUAUAUAUAUAUAUAUAUAUAUAUAUAUGUAUGUAAUAAUUUUUCAUAACUAAGUCAUUUUGUUAAUUACAAUUUGUGGGACCUGCCUGACAACCCAGGCCAAAAGUCCAGGGAAUUAAAUUUUCUAGCACUAUAUUUAUAUAUUUAACCCUGUAAAUUUCCAAAACACCAUAAACCUUUACAUGGGGAUACUAUUUUACUUGGAAGAUGCCACUGAACACAAAUAUUAGUGUUUCAAAACAGUAAAAUGUAUUACAACGAUGAUAUUGUCAGUGAAAGUGAAUUUUUUUGCAUUUUUCACACACAAAUGGCACUUAUACGGUCAAUAUAAUUGUUGUGAUACCUUUUACUGUUUUGAAACACUAAUAUUUGUGUUCAGCGAAGUCUCCUGAAUAUAACAGUACCCCUCAUGUACAGGCUUUAUGGUGUUUUCAAAAGUUACAGAGUCAAAUAUAAGGCUUGCGUUUUAGUUUUUUCAUAUUGAAAUUCGCCAGAUUGGUUACGUUGCCUUUGAGACCGUAUGGUAGCCCAGGAAUGAAAAUUACCCCCAUGAUGGCAUACCAUUUGCAAUAGUAGACAACCAAAGGUAUUGCAAAUGGGUUAUGUCCAGUCUUUUUUAGUUGCCAUAAAUACUGGCCAAAAUUGGCAUUCAAAUUAGUUUUUUGCAUUUUUCACACAUAAACAAAUAUUAACGCUAACCUUUGGCCAGUGUUUGUGACCAAGUGGCUACUAAAAAGGACUGAACAUACCCCAUUUGCAAUACCUUGGGUUGUCUUCUUUUGCAAAUGGUAUGCCAUCAUGGGGGUAAUUCUCAUUCCUGGGCUAUUAUAUGGUCUCAAAGGCAACGUAACCAAUCUGGCGAAUUUCAAUGUGAAAAAAAUUGAAAAAUGUAAAAUGCUAUAUUUGACCCUGUAACUUCUCAAAACCACAGAAAACCUGUACAUAGGGGGUGCUGUUUUACACGCGAGACAUCGCUGAAUACAAAUAUGUGUUAUUUAUUGCAGUAAAAGCAAACCGUAUUAUGACAUUCACAGUUAAAAUGUCACGUAGAACUAAAAAAAUUAAAAAGAAUCUUUUUUUUCUCCCUUUUUUUUAAUAUUUUAUUUAUAUUAAAUUAUGUUUCAUACCUAAAUAUAUGAUGUUAAAUGAAAGCUGUUUCCCCUGAAUAAAAUGAUAUAUAAUAAGUGUGGGUGCAUUUAAUAUGAAAGAGUUGAAUUACGGUUGGACAGACAUAUAGUCAAAUUCCAGGUUUUGUUUACAUUUUGUUUUGAUCACAAUGUGUACAUUUGGCUCAGUCCUUAAGGGGUAGUCUGCACCUUGUGGUGAACCCUCUGUAUUUUCUCUAGUGAAAUCUUCUCUUUAUGGUAGACUUGGAUAAUGAUAAACCAAAUAUAAUAAAACACCUACACACACACCAGUGUGAUAAAAUAGCAGUGGAGGUAAAAUAAUAGAAAAUGUAUUACCCUUUUCCACAACAAUAUUGUAGAUUAAAAAGACUCCUCAAUAUCUUCAUAAAACAAUAUAAUCUAAACAAUCUACAAUAAAAAUGAUCAAAAAUAGUGUAAUCCAACAAAGCACCAUGUAAUGAUUAACGGACUAUUGCACUUACAAAGAUAAAUAAUUGGCACGCAGAACAUAAAUCGCUGUGUCUGGAAUCUUCUGUGCUCUCAGCCCCAGUGUUCACAGUAUCAUAUGUAAAGGAACAAAAUGGAUAAUGAAAUGCCUACCUCCUGGCGAGUGCUCGUCACUUGGCUGGAUAUUGUGAUGGGGUAUAUCUUUACCAUGGAAAGGAUCCUACGAUCAUCCACCGCUGUUGUUUUCCGUGUGCUUCCAGACCUUUUUAUGUUGCAGAGCUCACAAGUGUGUUUUGUUUUUUUCUGAGCAUGUACAAAGCUGUUGAUUUAGCCACUCCUGAUGUUCCUGCUAUCUCUGUGAUGGAUUUGUUUGCAGCCUAAGGUUUGCCUGUUUCACCUAAAUCGAGAGCUCCUUUGACCACAUGCUGUGGGUUCACAGAAACUGCUUCCAGAUAUGAAUGCCACAGCUGUAAUCAACUAUAGACUUUUUAACCGGCUUAAUUGAUGAAGACAUUAGGAAGGAAUAGCACACAUCGGUCCAUGAAACCGCUUUUGAGUCAAUUGUCGAAUCACUUUUGGUCCCUUGAAAGAGAGAGGGCUACAUAUUGAAGAGCUGUAAUUCCUAAACCCUUCCUCCAAUUUGGUUGUGAAUACCCUCAAAAUUAAGCUGAGAGACUGCACGUGGUAAAUUGAUAAUGGCAAUUUUGAACAAAAUUACUUCCAAACAUAUGUUUGUUUAUUCCAUGAUGCCUUACUGUAUAAAAUCACUGUGUCUGCAUGUUUGAUUGUUUGAUAGGGAGUCAAUUGUCAGUCUAAAAAGAAAAUACUUAAAGAAUGAUGAAGAUAUGCAGAUGACCAGUACUGUGACUAUGGAUUCAACACUAAACAACAUUGCCAAUGAUGGUUGCAACAGUCUGCUAGAUGAAGUGUUCAUUGACUUGGAGGUGAGAACACUGUUUUUUUGUUUUUGGGGAUGGUUUAUUUUUUAUACUUGCACAGGAUCCUCCUGUUCAUUAUUUUUUUUGUUUUUGAGAUGGUUUGUAGACCACCUUUUGAGAGCAGGAAAAGUAAAAUAGCAAAGUGAACUCUCAAAACUUUUUAGAUUUAAUUAUGGGGACACAUUUACACAGAUUUUCUAAUAAUUUUAUUUCUUUCCUCAGCAACACCUCAAUGACCUGCUGACCAGGAAAUGGCUUGGAGGAUCAAAUUCCGUUGAUACAAUUUGUGUCACUAUAGAAGAUUAUUUUAAUGACUUUGCCAAAAUUAAAACACAUUACAAACAGGUACCAUAGGUUUUGAUUUGUAAAACUCCUGCAUAACUAAAGGGUCUGAUUUAAACAGCUAUUUAAUGGUGGAAGUGACAUGAUGAGCCUUUCUCGGUAUUGGAUAGAAAUACUGUGAUUUAAGCAGGACUCUCAAUUGGCAAAUGUAUGAAAUAAGUAGAGGAAACAAAGCAGGUAGUGAUAAUGGCACAUCAUACUCUUGUUAGGAUUUCCUGCACGUACUGAAAGGGUUUAUUCAAAUUCUUCAGGAAGUAAAUUUAAUUGCAAAUGACAAGUGAAUUGGGUUGUCUUGAAGGGAAAAUAUAGGCAGGAACUGACUCCAUAAUUUUAAAGGAACACUAUAAUGUUAGGAAUACAAAUGUGUAUUCCCAGAGUUAUAUUGUCCUAGUCCCCAUUUAGGUAAUUGGCACCCAUGUAAGGAGUAAAAAAAAAAAAGUUUACUUAUCUUUAAUCCCACACCUCGCUGUUCUCUCUCUCCCUGCAGCUGAGAUUAUUAAUCUUGUUGAUCUCAGCCAAUCCAAUGCCUUCCCCUAGGAAAUCAUUGGGAGGCUGGUGCGCAUGCACAGCAAAAUGCUGCGCUGCGCCAAUCAGAUGUUUUGUAUGAGUCAAUCUGAUUGAAAUAGCCAAAUUUUGCUCAGCUUAAUUUCAUCAAAAAGCACUUCUACAGUAUGUAAAACAGCUAUUUUUUUAUCCUGCCGGGUUAAAAUAAAGGGAACAUGGCACCUAGACUCCAUUAUUAAAAUGAAGUUGUCUGGGUGCUUAUAGCAUACCUUUAAUGCAUUUUAUAGAACAUGCAUUAAAAAUAAAUAAUGCAAAAAAAAAAAUAAAAAGAUGCAUUGUUUAGUAGCUUUAAACAUGAAUAUCUUAUUCUGGUCUGUGGAGUCAUCCCAAGUGCACUUUAUGUGAUAAAUAUAUCCCUCCCCUCCUCCCCCCCCCCCCCCCAAAAGCAGUACUACUAAUUACAUAGAAUGGGUGGAACUGUUCUGUAAACUGAUAGCAGCCUAGUUUAUACUUUGCUUUGUUGCACAUUCUUUGUUGACCAGUACUAUGUGUAUAGAUUGAUAUGCACAGCUUAGCUUUCUUUCCAGGGAAAAUAAAAUUGGUAUUGGGAAUUGAUAUAUAAGCUGCCAUAAUUUCAUUUUAUUUAUUUUUUCCUUUUCACAAAUCACUGAAUUUCUAAGUCUCGCAACUUGUUCUAAAGGUACACUUUCCUUGUUUACAGGAAAUGACCAUAAAAGCUCACAGAAAAGUAGUGACUGAAUAUGUAAAAGCAAUAAUGCAGAAGCGCAUUGCCUUUAGAAAUGCAGAUGAGAGAAAGGAUGGAGCAGAAAGAAUGAUCAGGGAAGCAGAACAGUUCAAGUUUCUGUUUAAGCGUCUUGCCUCUGUAAGUCUACAUUUGUAUAAAAUUGAAUGUACAAAGAGUCAAGGUGCCCAUUUGCCUUGCCACAGGAAUUGCAAAUAAUGUUGUCUUUUUCCACAAUGUACAAAAGCCUACAUGGAAGAAUUAAAGGAUCAUUAUAGGGUCAGGAACACAAACAUGUAUUCCUGACCCUAUAGGUUAAAACCACCAUCUAGCCCCCCUGGAUCCCUCAUGCAUCCAUAAAUAUAGCAAAAUCUUACUGUAUUCAAGCCAGAAGCUGUAACUCUGCAUGCUGCUUGACUCAGAAAAAAGAUAAGCAGUCUGCUGACAUCAUCAGAAGUGGUAGCCUGAUCCAAUCACAAUGCUUCCCCAUAGGAUUGGCUGAGACUGACAAAAAGGCAGAUCAGGGGCAGAGCCAGCAUGAUUCAAACACAACCCUGGCCAAUCAGCAUCUCCUCAUAGAGAUGAAUUGAAUCAAUGAAUCUUUAUGAGGAAAGUUCAGUGUCUGCAUGCAGAACGAGGAGAUACUGAAUGUUUGGAUGCAUUUUAGGCAGCCAUGACCCAGGAAGGAUCUCUAACAGCCACCUGAGGAGUGACCAGUGAAGUUAUCACUAGGCUGUAAUGUAAACACUGCAUUUUCUCUGAAAAGACAGUGUUUACAGCAAAAAGCCUGCAGUUAAUGAUUCUACUCACCAGAACAAAUUCAAUAAGCUGUAGUUGUUCUGGUGACUAUAGUGUCCCUUUAAGUUGCUAUGGUGCCAGGAGGUUCCUGGCAGCAGCUUACUUGCAGAAAUUAAUCUGUUAACAGACUGUUUUAACAUCAAAGUCUUCAUUCUAGCAUUGAUCUCCUCUGCCCCAAAACUUUUGUGGCUGUUCGGCUUCAAUCAGGAAGCCUUGGACAGGGUUACUGUUGAUAGGCUGAGAGCGUCAGCUUAUACUUUCUGCCUAUUAGUAGCUCCCUGAUUACAAAAUGGAGGGAGAAAUUAACAUAUUUUUCUCAGUUUAUUUUGUGAAUGGUUGACUGAAUGAAUGGUUGACUGACCAUGAAUGUAUGGUGAAUGGUUGACUGACAGAAAAUGUUGAGUUUUAACUGUUAGAGAGCUCUGAUGGUAACCCAGUGCCAAGAGCGUCCUGGCACUAUAGCAACUCCAUUCCCAUAAAGUUAUUAUGAUGCCCUUUGAAUACAUAUACUUAUACAUAUCACAGUCAUGAUGGUUUUACUUCAACAGGUUCUUUACUAAUAGCCUUAAAUAGGGUAUUACUAUAUAUUUAUUAUAUUAGAUAUAUUGUUUUUGUCGGAUCUGUUGUUUUUUUUAGAAGUAAUGCUUCUCUAACUUUGUCUAACAUGUAUGAAGCUCCUAUUGAUAUUUACGCAGAGUAUUUGUGAAAAUUAUAAAUAAAAAUGUUGUUUAUGUUUACAUAAUUGUAGUUUGUUUAGAUCUAUUUAAUGGCAAUCUUUGCAGUAGUUUUCCUCACAUGUUAUGUAUUAGCUGGGCAUCCCAUGUUUCAAAUAAAUCUUACAUUUAUUUGUUUUUGUAAGAAAACGUCUUGAUAGUGCUGGGAUUACUCUGUUCUGUUAGAUUAAUUCAUGAUGUGUUUUACCAAAAUAGUUUGUUUUUAAAAUGUUGCAUUCUUCCUGAUUCAUUUUGACUUAUUACUCUCCCCAGGGAUUUAGUGAAGAGACUGAUGGACUCUGUAAUACUAUCAUAGACAUUGCUGAAGUUAUAAAGCUGACAGACCCUUCACUCCUUUAUCUAGAGGUCUCUACUUUAGUCAGCAGAUAUCCAGAUCUCAGGUAAUGAUUCUCGCUUGUUAUUCGUUUAUUUCACACCUCCUCAAACCACUGCAGGCAGCUCAGUUAUUUCCAGAACCCCUCAGUGACAUUCAUUGUCCAUAAUAAUUUUGAUGACCAGUUUCUUUUUCUCUCUCGUCGCUCCUCUCACACGUCACCCCUUUGCCAAAUGUUACAUUGGCUUUCUGUAUCCUUUAGGAUUCAGUUAAAGGACCACUAUAGUGCCAGGAAAACAUACUCAUUUUCCUGGCACUAGAGUGCCCUGAGGGUGCCCCUACCCUCAGGGUCCCCCUCCCGCCGGGCUGGAUGGAGAGGAAGGGGUUAAACCUUCCUCUUUCUCCAGCGCCGGGCGGGGAGCUCUCCUCCUCCUCUCCACUUCUUCGGCUGAAUGCGCAUGCGCGGCAAGAGCUGCGCGCGCAUUCAGCCAGUCUCAUAGGAAAGCAUUUACAAUGCUUUCCGAAGGACGCUGGCGUCUUCUCACUGUGAAAAUCACAGUGAGAAGCACACAAGCGCCUCUAGCGGCUGUCAAGAGACAGCCACUAGAGGCUGGAUUAACCCUAACAUAAACAUAGCAGUUUCUCUGAAACUGCCAUGUUUAUAGAAAAAAGGGUUAACCCUAGCUGGUCCUGGAACCCAGACCACUUCAUUAAGCUGAAGUGGUCUGGGUGCCUGUAGUGGUCCUUUAAGGAUAUUAACACUUGCCUACAAAGCUCUCAACAACUCUAACCUGUUACAUUACUAAUUCAUACGUGCAACCCUAUUCAGUCACUCCACUGUGCCAGUUAUCUUCUCAGUUUCUCUUCUUGCAUCUGUACUAUUAACUCUCGCCUACGUGAUUUCUCAAAUGGCUGCUAUAUUCCUAUAGAAUAGCCUCCCACAUCAUAAUAUUCCCUAGUCUUGAAUCCUUUAAAAAAAAUCUCUUAAAAACAAUCUCCUGAGAUUGUAAGCUUAUUCGAGCCGGGUCCUCAUUAACUUUUAGAUUCUGUUUACAUUUGUAAUAGUUUGUCUCAUUUGCUGUUAUAUCCUCAUAUUAGAAUGCUAAAGAAUAAUUAGAGCUAUAUAAAUGUCAAUAAUAUACAUUCACUGUCCUGUAUCUCUCAUAUUACAUAACUUAUGUGUGUGUACAUAUUAUAUCAAAUUUAUUUUUAAUAAAUCUUGUUUGUAAGAGAUUGUAGUUUGCCUUGCCAGCUGGGGCAACCUAAGUAUGUGAACAAUUCUGGUCUUCACUCCCUCAAGUGUUGUUACUCCUGUGUCUCCCUCCCUCCAAGUCAACGGUGCUACCAUCAGAUCCACCACGCAGGCUCGCUGCCUAGGUGUUCUCUUUGACUCUGACCUCUCCUUCAAGCCUCAUGUUCAAUCUAUCGCCAAAUCCUGUCCAUUUCCAUCUCAAAAACAUUGCACGCAAACAUGGGCGUCCGCAGGAAUUUUUCCGGAGGGGGGGCAUAAUUGUAAUGACAUCUAUGCUUGGUCCCUUUUUGACAGUGUCAUGAAGGGGAGGAGCAUAGUCAUUAUCACAUAAAGCCAGGGUGAAUAGCGUUUUCACAACUAUGGUGUCAGGAAUACAUGUUUGUAUUCCUGACACUAUAGUGUUCCUUUAACCCCUUAAGGACCAAACUUCUGGAAUAAAAGGGAAUCAUGACAUGUCACACAUGUCAUGUGUCCUUAAGGGGUUAAGCAAAUUAAAGGAACAUUCUGGUCACCAUAACAACUUCAUCUAAAUGAAAAUGCUAUGAUGCCAGGAAGCCCCUGGGUGCUCUAUUUCUUUUACGGGGUUAAACCGCUCUCAAAUGGUUUAACCCCAAAGGCUUCCUCCAGCUCCAGAUCGCUCAGUGAUAUUCGGCAUUUGAAACUGAGUUUUUAGGAAGUGCAGCUUGACGUCAGGCAUGGGUGCCGAUUGGCUAGAGUUGACAGUUGACGCUCUAAGCCAAUCGCUAGUUCCCGGUUCAUAAACGUUUUUUACUUUUUUAUGAAUGGGGAGCUACUGAUUGGCUUAGAGUGCCAGCUGACCGCUCUAGCCAAUCAGCAACACCCCUACCCAGCGGCACUCUGUGCUUCCUGACACUCAGUAAAUAAAAGUGAGCACAUUAACAUUGAUAUUUUUCUUCUCCUUCAUUUGACAGUCUUCUUUUUCUUCUGACACUGUCUUCUAUAUUUGGCUCCUUCUGCUCCUUUACCUUUUUGCGCCCUUCUGCUCCUUUCUCAUUCUGAUUCCUUUCUGCUUAUUGCAGACCCUUUCUGCUCCUUCUCCUACUUUAGAUUUUUGCUCCUUGCUGUCACUUUCUGCUCCUUCUUCUACUUUACCUUUGUGCUCCUUCUGAUUCUUUCUGCUCCUUUACCUUUGUGCUCCUUCUAUCCCGUUCUGCUCCAUGCAGACCCUUCCUGCCCUUUGCUGCCCCUGCUCCUUGCAUACCCUUCCUGCUCCUUGCUGACUCUUCAUUUAGGCUGCCCCCGCACCCCCCAUGCCUCACUUCCCUAAUCUAUAAACUGCCCCCCUCGUGCCUCACUUGCCUAAUCUAUAAACUGCCCCCCUCAUGCCUCACUUGCCUAAUCUAUAAAAUGCCCCCCCAUGCCUCACUUGCCUAAUCUAUAGGCUGCCUCACUUGCCUUAUCUAUAGGCUGCCCCCCCAUGCCUCACUUGCCUAAUCUAUAGGCUACCCCCCCAUGCCCCACUUGCCUAGUCUAUAGGCUGCUGCCCAUGCCUCACUUGCCUAAUCUAUAGGCUGCCUCACUUGCCUAAUCUAUAGGCUGCCCCCAUGCUUCCCUCUAAUCUAUAGGCUGCCCCCAUGCCUGCCCCCUAAUAGGCUGCACUCCCCUAAUCUAUAGGCUUCCCCUCCAUCCCUCACUCCCCUAAUCUAUAGGCUGCCCCUCCAUCCCUCACUCCCCUAAUCUAUAGGCUGCCCCCAUCCCUCACUCCCCUAAUCUAUAAACUGCCCCCCAUGCCUCACUCCCUAAUCUAUAGGCUGCCCCCAUGCCUCACUCCCUAAUCUAUAGGCUGCCCCCCAUCCCUCCUCCCCUAAUCUAUAGGCUGCCCCAUCCCUCACUCCCUAAUCUACUCCCCUAACUGCCCCCCCAUCCCUCACUCCCCUAAUCUAUAGGCUGCCCCCCAUCCUCACUCCCCUAAUCUAUAGGUUGCCCCCCCAUGCCUUACUUGCCUAAUCUAUAGGCUGCCCCCCCAUGCCUCACUUGCCUAAUCUAUAGGCUGCCCCCCAUGCCUCACUUGCCUAAUCUAUAGGCUGCCUUUAUGGCAAUAUUGUCCCAAAGUACACAGUUUACGGUUCUGUAUCUCAGAUAUAUGUUUAGAGUUGAUCCUUUUUGAUUUUAAUUGUGUUUUUAAAUGUUCUACAUAAGACAUAGAUGAAAAAAACAUAAAUACAAUUAUUAUAUGUAUAUGUAGAUAAAAUAUCUCAGAUGCAUAACAAUAAAUUGGCAGACUUAUUCAAUAAAGUGAGAAUUCAGAGGUAAUUUCAAAUUCAAGGUAAAGGCGAACUGGAAAAUUCUCUGUCUGCUGUACUUCCCAUUCUGCUUCUUUCACUUUAAGGACCACUAAAGUCUGCUCGGCUACUUAAUUGUGAUUCAGUGGUCUGAAUGUGGUGGUCCUGUCCUUGUAACUCAGCAAUGUAAAAAAAUAUUAUUUUUACAAGCUGCAAUAUUUUUUAUUGCAGUGUUAAAUCGUUGUCUAGUAGCGGUCAUACUGACAGCCACUAGAGACAUUUCUGUGGCACUGAUCGAGUAAAACUUGGUCAAGUGACAAAGAAGAUUGGAUUUGCUUGUUGUGCCCCUAAUGCUCCACUAUGAGGAGCAUUGGAUUGGACAUAUUGCUGGAUGUCACUGGAGGCGGAGAGUUAAGCACCAAUGGAGCAGGAAAAAGGUAUGUAAAAUUAUUUUAUAUGGCAAACAAGGGUGGGACCUGUUUUUAAAUAGGCACAUUAAGCCAUUAGUAAUACAGGUUGUAAUUCCUAACAAAUUUCUGUUCCUUUAAAUUUGAAAAUCACUUUGAAUUCCCACUAUUGAAUAACCCUGUGUGUGUUUUGGUAAAAUAAUGCCAUAACGAGGUUCUAGAGAUCGCAAAAACCAUCAGUCUGAAGGACAUAUAAAGUGUAUUACAUUUGCUCCACAUCUGGUUUGCAAGAAAUCCAUCCCCCAUUCCAGAGGCUGUGGGAUGCAACAAAUACAUAUACACACAUAAGCACAUAGAGACACAUAUAUGCACAGGCAGAGAAUAUAGAAUAAUUAAAAUGAAAAAUGUAAUUAGGAUAUUACAGUAAUUUGAAAUAUGGUCAGUUCUGGGCUUGUAGGUGUGUUUGUACCAUGCAAUCCUCACAUUGCUUGCAUUUAAAUUUACUGACCACGCAUUUUUCACUUGUUUUCUCUCAUGUCUCUCUAGAGAUGACCAUAUAGCGGCCCUUCUUGCUGUUCGAGGUGAUGCCAGCAGGGAGAUGAAGCAAAUGAUUAUAGAAACUGUGGAACAAAGUCAGCGACAUCAAAGCCCAAACUACACCCCAAUAUUCAAAGACAUAAUUGUACCGAGCACUGCCAUGAGUGUACAAAAACUUCUGAAGUAGGGUUGUGUCCUAUACCACGUUGCACUGGCAUUGACUCGCUGAGUCAUCUGGCGUAUUAGGAUCACCUUACAUGCUUGCUUCAUUCAGCCUGUGAUGGGAAGCACAUUGAUUUGUAUGUUUAGAACAUUAUGUGAACUCUUAUGUGCAAAUGGUGACGGAUCCAUAUCCAUGGUUUUGAAUUAUAAUUGUUAUACAGUUUAUGCAGUGUGAAAUAAUUCUUUCAUGGACUUUCCUUUGGGUACUUAUAAAUUGAUUAGUUAUCGUAAUACUAGUUAAAAAAAAAUCAUACUUUUUUUAUUUUAUUUUUUUAAUUUAACUGCUAGAGAUAAAAACCAGAUACUUUGUUAGAGGGCAUUGUUGCCCUGAUGGGUGGUAGUAAAAUAACACUCCAAACAUCAUUACCACCAGUCUGUUGCACUGGUUUUGGUGCCAGGAGUGACCUGGAGCUCCCUCCUAUUGUAAGUAAUUAAAAUAGUUUAGAAUGGUUUGACUUCUUACCUGGUUUCGCUGGAACUACUUCACACAGAGAGCCAGAACAUGAGGGCGGUCAGCUGGCAAUCUCAGCCAGUGAGCUAGGGUUUAGCAAAGGAGAGCUAACAGAAACUCCUGUUUGUGAGAUUUUUACUCUCCGACUGAAGUAGUGGAGGUGGGGAGUGGCAGCCAAUGUCAUUCAGGUAAGAACUGUUAAAAAAUAAAAUGUGUGAGUACCAACAAUGGGGGUGGCGCCAGGGCACUCAUAGCACCAUAUCAAGUGCAGUGAUGUUGUGGUUAUGGUACUGGAUGUGUUCCUUUAAGUUUGGUAGAAACAAUAUAUAGUAUGUUCUGCUGUAAUAUUUUGUGAUAUACACAGUUUUAAAAGUAAAGGCCAUAGAAAGUGGCCAUCUCAGAAGAGGUUUUUAUUAUAUAAUAACUUUGCUUAUUAUAUGCUGUAGGAACAUUAAGAUCAGUUGGGAUCAGUAAUGGGCAACUUUAAACUGUACUACUUCUCCUAUGAUGCUCAGUUCACAGAAAAGGUUGUCCCACACUGACUUUGGAUCUUGUUUGUUCAGUACCAUCCACGUAAUGUGACAUAAAGCAAAACUGAUAGCAGUAGGCAUUUUCUACCUAAAAAAUUAAAGAACAGAUCAAACAUGUUGUGAAGAUAUAUUUCAUACAUGAUGUGGUAAUACUUGGCUUAUGUUUUACAUAUACUUUUCAUCUACUGCAAUUUCCAGUUGCUGCGUGCUUAAGUUCAAGAAAAUUGUGAAGAUCCCGUUAGUAAUCAGACCAAUAAUUAUUAUUAUUUUUUAAAUGAAAUGAUUGCAAACCUUUUUAAAACUUUACAUUUUACAAUCAUUUAAUUCCUGAAUUUUACAUUACAUAAGCAGUAUUUACUAACCACCCUUUUAAGACCGCAAGCAUUUUAAUGACCAGCUUAAAGCAUGUUCACUACAGUAUUUAUUUUCGUGGGAGAAAUGUAAAAAAAAAAAGCAGGGUAUUUGAAUCUUUACAAAAACUAGAAUCAUACGAAAUAUAGAACUUCUGCUACAACGGCUGAAUGAUGCUCAGUAAAACUGACUGACUGGCCUCUUUGAUAUUAUGUGCUAUUCUCCCUUGUACUUGUUGUCAGAUAUGCCAUUAAAGGGACAACCCACAGUGGAUUAACAAAAUGUAAUGCAUUAUUGAUUAAAACCAUACAUCUGAAUGUAAUUGGAAUAUUACAGUCAUUUUAAAUGUGGAUAGUUCUAGUUAGCAGUCAAAUGUGAUGUGUACAGAUCAAUCAGCCACUCCUGGUCCUCCCUUUGAUUUUAGUGGGGGCAUUCAGUAGUGUUGAUUUGUGGGAUUUUGCACAGAAAGCUACAAAAUACAGUUUUACUUUUUUGUGGCAGAAAAAAUAUUAUCUGUGUGAUUUAAUGGAAGCCACCAGAUUUCUUUUUUUUUUUUUUUUUUUAAUGUGCAAGCAAAUUCAUUAUAUUAUUUAGUAAGUGAAUGUGGUAGACACAGCACUUUUUUGCAGCUCCAUAUACAAUCCUAUGAGACAUCUGUAAGUUCCCCAUAAACCUCUAUAAGUAGGUGCAUUGUUUUACCUUAGCUGUUUGGAGUGUCCCUUUAACUCUAUAUUGUUUGACACAAUGAAAGGCUUGGAGAUAUAAGGUGUAAUGUUUUGCAAAGUGUGAAUUUUUAAUUUUUUUUUUGUGUAUGUUUGCUGUAGGUUUUUCAAACUGCUUUGCAUAUGGCGAAGGUAACUGCUGUUUUAAAACUAAUUUUAAGCACUCUAAAUGGCAUUUGAACUAUGUUUGUUAUUGUUCUGUAUCUCCUUAUUUGAUUUUUUUCAAGGAAAUGUUACAAUGAUAACAAGAUGGAUGGUAUGUAUUAAAUGAGCUGUGAUUAAUGCAUUGUACCUGUCUCAACAACUAGAUCAUUGAUGGCUAGCAUUGAGACCCCAGAUAUGUAUGGACAUUACAUGAUUCAUAGCCAGUCAUUGCAUGUGUUCCAAAUAUUCCAAUAUUCAAUGUUUGCAGCUGCUAAAAGAGGCCACAUGAGACUGAUUUGUUCAAUCGAGAACUCAUGGGUUACUUAAAAAAAUUAUAUUUGCCACACAGUGAAAUGUAUUCCUCUAAGGGGCACCAUUUUGGUGUGUUUUCUUAUUAUUAUUUAAUGUAAAAGAUGGAAUUAGGUCACUGGGUCACAAGAGCUGCCAAUUAUGUGUGUGUCCUACACACUUUAAGAGGUUGGGACUUGCACAGUAUAAACCAAUAUAGUGUGACCACGCUGUCCAAAUGUGCCUCCCUCUUAGCAUGUCAUGGUCAGAUCUGAUAUAUGCAGCAACAUUUGCAAUUCACCGCAAUUAUAACUAUAUACAAGGAAAAUGGGACACUCUCAGAAGUCUUGUUAUAAAUCAUAGCAUACAUACAACAUAAAUAACCAUUAAUAAUUGUUACAAUUUGGUAGAAAUGAUGAGCAGUCAUUGUUUUCAGAGAUUGCCAGCUUUGUAUUCUGGUAGGGCUGUCUGAGAGAAUGCUGCACAAACUGUUUUCUUCUAACAGAAAACAAAGUAAGUUGUUUGUAAUGGACCUUAGUCCACAGUGGCAGUGAAAAGUCGUGAUGCACAUGUUUCUUACUAGAGAGGCACAAAUGAAGCUCUAAACCUAAGUGAAUAGGAUCCUUCUAUCUGAGUUUUUGUUUAACAUAUCACAAUUUUGUGCAGUGUAAUUAUGUUACACGACAAAUCGACAAUAUUAAUUAUACAGAAUAUAUUGAUUACACACCCAUAGUCACUGAUCGGCAUUAGCAUUUUUUUGCACUACAUAAUUUAUUCUGUUCUUCACAGGGACAGGGGAUAUCCUUGCAUUAUAACUAAUGUGCAGAGCAUAAGUUAUUGGGUAUCGGUGUGUAAUUUGCUUACCAACAGGGGUGCUAGUUACUUUUGUCCUGUAUAAAAGUGUAUCUGCACAUAGCACUUAGGAGGUUCAUUUUUAUGGCAUGCCAUGUAAAUUUUAAAAUAUACAAGCUUACUAGAUUACUUUGUAAAGGUAGUAAAAGGUAAGCUGUUCUAUGAAAUAAGUAAUAAUCACCCAUUAAAAGUGAUCUCUCUGUAACCAUCUCUGCACUAAGAAGAGGGUAGUUGGGGAUUCAAAGUGAAUUUAAAAUUCUAUGAUUCCAUUUCAGCUACUGUGAGCUCUGAACUCAGACAAUUCUCACUUUAGUGAAUAAUCCUGUGUACAUUAUAUUUCUUUGAUUAUGGUUUAAGUUAGUCUGAAUUAAAUAGUUACGAGGCAGAUUUAAAUAUGUUUCUCAGAUAAAACCUCCAUAGGAAUGCAUGCAUAAAAAUGAUGUAUUAACAAUAAUCAUGCACAUAAUUGCCUACUACUUCUCAAUAAUUCAUCAACUUAAAAUGUGAAAAAUAAACACCUCAGGUUUAUUUUUAAUUGCUAAUAAAUAUGGCGAUCCCAUACUAAUGGAUAUACACUACAGUGUGAAUAAUUGCUAUUUCAUUUUUUAUUUUUUUUUCCCCUUUUGGCUAUUUUGACCUACAAUUUAAAAUUCACUUUUAAUUCCUGACCUUUAGAGAAAAACCCUGUAUAUUUACGUUUAGAAAGCAAUGGUUGUGUAAAAUAAAUCCUUCAUCUGUAUUGCCAAUUUGGCUUUUAUAGUGUUCAUUUUGCAAAAUCACUUUUUGAUUUGGAAAAUAUGGUAAAAAGAGUACAUAAAAAAAAUAAAAUGUUCACACUUUUUAAUAAAAUGCAAUAAAUAAAAGUGGCUACUCACAUGCAUAAUGGGUGAAUUAAAAUCCUUGAAACUGCCUAUAAAUAAUCCUCAUUAAAUGAUCCAUGUAAUAGUACUACGUUCAAGGUGUUCGGGAGGAAUUAGAUUGAUAACAUAUGGCUGAUAUAGAAAACCAAAUACGGGUGUAAAAGCUGUAAUAAUAACUCAAAGGCAUAUCGUGUAUUUAGAACUGUUACAUGAACUGUUUUCAUGGGAUCAUUUGUUUUAAUUUCCUUUAAUAAGUACGUAAAUAUGAAAGCAUGCAGUUCAUUAUUUCAUAAUCAUUCAUGUAUAUCGUAUAACUAUACAUUAUAUAAUAUGCUUACUUAGUGACUAAAUACAUAAAUCUAGUUUUGUCUCUAUACAUCAGCAUUACCCUAUGACCGCUAUGUUUCUUACUGCGUCCAAAGUGUCUUUGCAGAUGUGUUGAUUAAAGCAACGUCAACAGAGUUGGUUGUACUGCUUCAAUCUGUAAUCCUGUAGGUCCUUGUGAUAAACUGCAAGACCAGUCUACAAGUAGACACUAUAACAAUCCCAAUGACUGUCACCAAUACAAUAGCUCUUAUAAGGGCAAAAUGUAUCCUGUCUUCAUUAACUGCAGUUGAAGUUCUGCUCUCUAUAGGAUCCUGCCUGAAGGUACCACCAGAUGACUCAGAAUACCAGCCUCCAUGUUCUGUGGGUGUUUCUGGAGCCAUCCAUGUCGACAGAAGGUCAUUUAUGUCAUUUUGCAGUACUUCUUCAGCCUUACUUAUGGCUGAUUUUAGAGAAACUGUCAACACGGUGUUCAAUUUCUUCUUUAGAUCUUCACAGGUACAGUCAUCAUCCAUGACAAGGUCACCUGAAAAAUCAAACAGUGGGGGCAUGUUUUUAAAAGUGUGGCUGUAAAAGUUCUCGAUUUUUCUUCACCAACUAUGAUGAUAAUUCUUAAAUGCAUAUAUCUUUUUACAUAUGUUUAGUUGGCAUAUGCAAUCGAGGAGUUCUCAAGGGCUACGAAUUCACAACAGAAUCCUGACUACAUAGUUCAAGUAUUUGUAUAUGAACCUCAGUCUAUCCCCUUUUAUAUAGAGAAACCAACCUAGCAAGACGAUCUUAUGUAGUUACUGAUGCAGAACAUUCACUCAGCAUAGUUAUUUGACUGGAUCUUCACGUAAAUCA